GGAAAGAUUAGGGACGUGGGGCACGUGUUUAGUAUUUUUUUUAAAUACCUAAAUACAAAUCGAUUUUAAUAAUAUGGAUACCGAAUAAAUAAUAUACUUAAAUAAAGAUUUGAAAUUAAAUGUGAACUAUAAUUUAGUUAGUUUAUUUUAUAUGGAUUAACAUUUAAAAAAUAGAGAUAUAAAAAGAUGAAAGACAAGAGGACACUACACAUAUUGAAACAGUAUUUGUGACAGAGUUCAAAAUACAGAUCAAAAGUUAACUGUUUAGUUAAAAUAGUGUCUCAGUGAUAUUAGUUCUAGUUAUAAUAAAAAAAAGAUGGAUAACUCUGAUCCAGAAGCGAAAUUGAAUGAGCGGACUGAAACCAAUGAGGUUGCCAUAGAUGAUGUUAAGAAGAAUGGAGUUAAUAAUAGCCCUGUUACACAUGAAUACUUGGACUACGAGCCGUCAGGAUGGUUGGAGACCACACUCCUCAGGGUAGGCAACUCGACAGAUGUCUUCAUCAAACAGAAUCGGUCUGUCAUGAAGACCGUCACCUUAUUUGUAUUAAAUGGACUGGUUCUGGGAUUCUUCUUCGGCUGUCUCUAUCAUUAUUUGAAUUCUGACCCACAACCUCUGGAGCUGUGCCAUGGCUUCGGCAGCCUAAUAGCAUUCCUGGGCAUCAUAUACUUCUUCAUAAUAUACUUCGUGGUGGUGAAGAGGUUAUUUGGUGCCUGGUUCGAGAAGACAAUAUGGAGCAGGGUCGAGAAAACCUUUGCCAAGCUUUGGACUAUGAUGUGGUUCCGCUGGUGUGUGGUCUUAGCUGUCCUGGGUGCGAUAGCUGUUUACCUGUUUCUGGACACACGAGACAACCCGGGCAGACUCGUGUCCCUCAUAGGAUUAUUCAUAAUAUUACUUUUAGGUUUCGUAUUCUCCGCUCACCCUGGUCGUGUGAACUGGCGAACAGUGUCCACUGGUCUCCUGAUCCAGUUUUUGUUUGGCGUGCUCUUCAUCAGGUGGACUCCUGGAAGGGCUGCGUUGCAAUGUUUCUCUGAUAAGGUGGCAACGUUUCUGUCUUAUGGUGUAGAGGGCGCUGCCUUCGCUUUUGGAGAUCUACUGGUCAGGACUGAAGGAGUUUUUGCAUUCAGUACGCUACCAGUAAUCUUCUUCUUUAGUAUGUUGGUGGAGAUCUUAUUCUUCUGGGGCGCCCUCCAGUGGUUCGUUUUGAAACUAGGGCAGGUGCUACGCGCCGCCACGGGAACCACUGUGUGUGAGAGCGUCAUAGCGGUUGGAAACGUUUUCUUGGGGAUGACUGAAUCAAUAUUGCUAAUCAAGCCAUAUCUAGCUCUGCAGACCCCUUCUGAAAUACACGUAGUGAUGGCAUCAGGAUUUGCAACUGUGUCAGGUACAAUUCUGGCGUCAUACAUCGGCUUCGGAGCAGAACCAGCUCACUUGGUGACUGCCAGCGUCAUGUCGGCCCCUGCCGCUAUAUGCUACGCUAAGUUGCUACUCCCGGAGACCAAACGUUCUUUGACUACUGUUGAUAAUAUUCAACCAGUUGUAUGCGAAGACAAAUCCGUACUUUCAGCAGCUACUAGGGGGGCUACCAAUGGCAUAGCCUUGAUCCUGAACAUCAUUGCCAAUAUUAUAGCCUUUGUAGCCUUCGUGGCGUUCGUCAACGGCUUUAUCGUCUAUUGCACAGAAUUGAUGGGGCACACAGGAAUUACCCUGGAAUGGAUUUUUGGAAAGAUUUUCAUACCCCUUGCUUGGGUCAUGGGAGUUCCGUGGGAAGAGUGUGAGUUGGUCGGAUCUCUGAUUGGCUUAAAAACUGUCGUCAAUGAGUUUGUAGCCUAUCAGAGAAUGGGAGAAAUGAAGAAAGAAGGAUUACUAUCGCCCAGAGCAGAAUUGAUAGCAACAUACUCCCUAUGCGGUUUCACCAACCCUGGAUCAGCUGGAAUCAUGAUUGGUGCCAUCGCAGCUAUGGCCCCUGGACAGAGAGAAGUUCUUUCUAGUGUGGCUGUGAGAGCAUUCUUCGCGGGAUGCGGUAUCUGCUUCAUGACCGCGUGUAUAGCAGGUUUACUGAUGCCUGAAGGAGCAUUCAUCUGAAAGUGAUAUGUAACAUAAUAUAUUGUUUAUUGUGAUGUAAAUAUUAACAUAUACUUAUAAAAUAAUUUAAUUUUACAAAACUGUUAUUUAUUGUAAUAAAUUUAUUUUGUAAUAAUAA